CGUAGCGAUAGUUAGUAAACAUGUCGACACAGACACAAUGGCACUGGAACCUGCUGCCUAGUGUAAUUUUAAUCGAAAUUCUUUCUUAUCUUCCACUGUCCGAUAGAAUAAAUGCAUGUUCUACGUGUAAGGCAUGGCGUUCUGCCCUCUUCCACCCAAGUUUUUGGCGGAAAAUAGUGUUGGUGUUUAAAUCUUGCGAUUGGAGCGGGCUGGAGCGGUCCCGCUUUGUGGCCUCCUGGGGAGUCAGGAAACUACGAUCCUGUAUCCUCCAUCUGGAAACUGUUAACACAAAUUGCCUGGUUGAAGCUGACCAUGUUCUUCUUAAGCUUACCAGAAACCCACAGGUGGAAGAACUUAUUUUACUACCAAGUCAUUGCCAUACAUUUAUAAAGGGCCACGAUCGCCCUUACUACUUCCGCCACAACAACAACAAUAACAACAAGAACAAUGCAUCUCAUCCCCGGUGUCUACCAUGUUCAAGAUCAUCAUAUCAGUUCAUUGAGAGUGUACAAGAAUCAUUGCAAAGUAUCAUCAGCAAUAGUCGAAAUCUGCGCACUCUUACACUAGGCUGCAUCCAGGAUUUAAUUGAUCAGGCAGAUAUAUUUCUUCCGUUAUUGGCCCACCACCAGUCAACUUCCAUCUCAACCAUUGGUAUGGCCUCAGUGAAAUAUGAUCCCAAUUCAUAUGCCCUGCUUGACAUCACUCCAGACAAUUUUACUGCCUUCACUAACUUGCAGGUUUUAACCUUAGAUUAUGACUACAUGAGUGACCGUCUUUUGAGUGUUCUGUCAUCUCCCUACAACACACCAUUAAGACGAUUAGUCCUGCACGUCCAUGGAAUUGACCAAACCCAUCGUGGCACAACUGAAUAUAUGUGGUAUCGCUUUAAACAACAACAUCCACAGUGUUGCUUGGUGAUGAAUUUAAUGCAUUCAUAUGAUGGAGUGGAACAACUUGGGUCUGGUCUGCUGCAUCCUUCCAUGCCUCUCACACACUUCAGAGCAUUCUUUUGUGAAUGGAUCAAUGUAGCAGCACUGCGCCUAAUGAGCAACUGGUACAGUGAAACCCUGCGUCACCUGACUCUGGUAGACUCCCUGGAUCACAGUGGUUGGGGGAUGCUCACUGAGGGUCGAGAUGAAGACCAGGAAUCCCCAGACCCUUUGGUCAUGUUGGCUUGGAAAUGUAAACAUCUGGAACACCUUACACUCUGUGGUUAUGGAUAUGGUGGCAGUGAUGUUGUUGCCAUAGCAAGACUCCGUGGUACUGGUCUGAAGGAAUUGUGCAUUCCUGAAGAUUGUCUUGAGGCAGAUGAUUCCCAUGAAAUAGCCAAUGAAGAGGAUGUUGACAAUAUUGCUGAGGUAUGUUUACUAAUAUUGUAAAUUAUAAUAUGUUGUCCUUUUCAGUCAUAUG